GGAGGCGUUGUUGUCGCCUUAUCUUCCUUUAAUAGGCCAUUAAAGUAUAUUUCGAUGCAGUUAAAGUAAUAUAUAUUGUUACUUCUGCAUUAUUUAUAAUUAAAAAUACGUAAAUAUAAAUAAUAAAGUUAUUAUAUUUUUGAUCACGUGACCUCUUGUGGAAAUUGUUAUCCGAUAAUACACGUGACGAGCAUGGUACCUUCUAAAAUCACAGUGGAGUUCUUCUAUGACGUCGUUUCGCCCUAUUCUUGGAUUGCCUUCGAGGUGCUAUGUAGAUACAAAGUCAAGUGGGGCUUGGAUUUGCAAUGGAGGCCAUUCUUCUUGGGUGCCAUUAUGAAGGAAUCAGGUAACAAUCCACCUGCAUUUGUGGCGAAUAAGGCUCUAUACAUGAGAGAAGACUUGAAGCGAUUGGCUGAUUACACUAAGAUUCCGGUGUGCAUACCGGAGAAUUUCUCGGAAAUCAUGAGGAACACGCUGGGAACUCAGCGGUUCAUCACGGCGGUAGACAUGAAGUACCCGCAGUACACCGAACAGCUGUCCAGACAGUUUUGGACGAAGAUCUUUAAAACUUUUGAAGACGUAACACAAGUAGAAAGCAUGAAAGAAACAGCAAAGGAAAUAGGCAUGAAGGAUUCCGAAGUCAAUGACGUGGCAGCAAAAAUAACCGCAAAAGAAACUAAGGACAGAUUGAGAGAGUUCACCGAAAAAGCAUUAAAUUACGGAGGGUUCGGAUCGCCUAUUAUUGUGGCUCACGUCAAUUCUAAGCCAGAAAUGUUCUUCGGUUCGGAUAGAUUCGAGUUAUUGGCUCACGUAUUGGGUAAGAAGUGGGAUGGACCACGUGCAGGCAGCAAUUUAUAAGAAUUUUUAAUAAUUCUUUUCUAAACUUCAAAUUUGAAUGUUGUUUGUACGACAGUGUAAUUCUGGUCCCUGGAUGUUAAGUAUGGCGUAUGUUACACAAGGAUCCGAAAUGAAAUGACCGAUUUAUAAAUGGGAUAUUUAUUUUCUAGAAUUAAGCAUUAAUAAAAUUUAAAACCCAAUUGUUUUGUUAUGUUCUUUAUAGGAAAAACAAAUUAAAAUUUGGUAACAACACCCAGAUUACCAGCUGCAAAGUGCACCAGUGGCUUUGCUGCUGUGGUGGACCUGGGUUAGAGUCCUUUCAAAUCUUCAGAAGUCCUGCUAUCGGACACACUAAUCUUUGAACUCAUC